ACCUCAGAGGCUGUUUGUGUAGGAAUUUCCGAUGCAAUUUAUGUGAGAAGCUGAAAAAUUUCAAAUUUGUAUAACUCAGUUUGAAGCAUUACACAAAAAGGCUCUUAAUUUCUCCCUCAGUUCUUUCAACCCAUUUGCAUGUUUUUGAAUCAAUCGAGAUUCAAAUCUAAGCGCCAGCCAUGGAUUUCCCAAACAACCUUCAACCAAGACCUUCUUCUUCUUCUUCUUCCUACAUUCCACCCCACCGUACCCAGCUGCACCCUCGCAUGAUCUCUGUCUACUCAUCUUCACUUUCUUCUUCAUCUUCCAAUCAAAAACCCCACACCACCAAAUGCCUUCUCUUCCUCUUCGCCUUUCUCUUCUUCACAGCACCUUUUCUCUUCUACCUCUUCUCCACCGCCCUCCAAAUCCACUCUUCUCCCAAAUUCUCCGAUUCCCACCCCGCCUUCUCCGCCCUCGUCCUCCGCGCCGGCCCCUCCGCUCUCCGCCUCUCCCUCUUCCACUUCCUCGGCCCCACUCUCCUCGCCGGCGCACAUUCCGCCUCGGCCCGGCCAGGCUUUGCAGCUGGUCCGGCCGGGGUUCGCGGCGCGGCGGCGGAACUCGUGGAGUUCGCCCAGGGGAGGGUGCCGAAGAGGGAGUGGGGGAGCACUAAGGUGCAGGUUGUGGCCACUGAGGAGUUGGAGGGGCUUGGCGCUGAGGCUGUGGAGAAGGUUCUGGAAUGUUGCAGACAGGUUUUGAGGGAGUCUGGGUUCUUGUUUAAGGAUGAAUGGGCACGCGUUGUUUCGGGGGAGGAACAGGGCAUCUCUUCUUGGGUUGCUGUAAAUUAUGCUCUUGGAAACUUGGGACGCGAGCCUCAAGAAACAACUGGAAUAGUUGAACUUGGUGGGGCUUCUUUGCAGGUUACAUCAGCUAAACUUAAUGCAGAGUUAGUUCAGUCUUCUCGGACUAUAAGAUUAUCUGGGGUUAAAUACAACCUUUACACUAGGAGUUGGCCACAAUUGGGUCAGGAUGUGGCAUGGAAAUCAUUAGAGGAGCGGCUGAAAUAUAGAGAAUUGAAGCUUUCUUCAAAAUCCAAUAAAAGAAAUUUAGUUAAUCCUUGCAUUCCUAGAGGGUAUGAGUAUCCUUGGAUCUCUAAUGCAAGUUAUGUAAAACACCCGGUCUUCCAACCAGCUGGAAAUUUCUCUGUGUGCAGAUCUGAAGCUCUAUCAUUGUUGAAGAGAACAGAAGAAAGAUGCCUGCACCCACCUUGUAAAAUCACUUCAUCCUUUUACGAGUCAUUAGGUGAACAAGUUUCUUCAAGAAGCUUCUUGUAUACUUCUGAGAUUCUUAGGAUGGCUCCUGGGACUUCUUUGUUUGAACUGGGGGCAGCAGGCCAACAUUACUGUGAAAAUCACUGGGAUGCUCUUAAAGAUCAACAUAAUGAAAUUGAUUAUCUAGAUUUGUUGAAGUAUUGCUUCUCUUCUGCAUAUAUGCUGGCACUAUUACAUGAUGUUCUUGGGAUUGCAGUGGAAGAGAAAAGGAUUGGAUUUGGGAACCAGAAGAUAUACAGUCAUGUUGACUGGACGCUUGGGUCUUUCUUAAUUGAAACAAUGGCAGAACCCCUUGACUUGGAACAUAUAGAUACAGGGAUGAUUGUUGGGAAUGAAUCAGUCACAUAUUUUUCAUUAUUUGCAUUUCUUUUCUUAAUCAUACUUGCUGCGUUCUUUGUAAUGCAAUGGAGAAAGCCACAAUUGAAGACAGUAUAUGACCUUGAGAAGGGACACUAUAUUGUUACACGUAUACCCAGGUGAUUGUGUUACUACUGCUUAGAAUCUGUUCAAUUCAAUUGUCCACAUUUGAGAAGAACAUGCAAGCUGAUGUGAUUUCAUGUUCAUACAAUAUCGCAAAGAGAGUCCAAGGUCUAGCGCAAUCUUGAUAUUUAUGUAGCAGAUUACAGCCUUCAUUAUCAGCAAAAUAUUCUACGAACAGAAGGGACCAUUCUCUGGAAUAUGGAAAGCUAGCUCAUUGAUUUUUUGUCUGUUUCAUGAUUGUAAUUCUUUUUCUCCUACUUUGUGGCUUUGUCUUCCAGAUGUGGGAUUGGGAUGGUGAAGAAAAGACAAAAUCUGGCAGGUUAUAUACAUUUGUAACUAAAGGGGAUGUUAUAGUUGGAUGGUUAUGAUCAAUUAGAUAGUUAAUUGCAUUUUCUGGUAUUUAAGUCGCACUGUAUCCUAAUAGUUAAUAUAAAUUCAUUCAUCAAAUUCU